AUGCUCUUCCCCAAAUUGAGUUUUUCAAGAAUCUUCUCUCCACUCACUUCAAAACCAAGGAUCUUGGCUCUGAAGUUCUUUCUUGGCCUCGAAGUUGCACGUUCUUCUGGAGGUAUUUUUCUGAAUCAGCGAAAAUAUGCUCUUGAUAUACUUUCUGACAGUGGUCAACUUGGUGCCCGAACCGCCUCUUUUCCGAUGGAACAACAUUUGAAGCUUUCCAAUGAAGAUGAACCUCUACUUCCUGAUCCUAGCAUUUAUCGUCGUCUAGUUGGUCGUCUCAUUUACUUGACCAUCACUCGACCUGACAUUGUUUAUGCCGUCAACAUUCUUAGUCAGUUUAUGCAUGCCCCUCGUGUUUCUCAUAUGACUGCUGCUAUGUGUGUUCUUCGUUACAUCAAAGGGAGCCCCGGCCAAGGCAUUUUCUUCUCCUCUACCAGCACCACUCAGGUUACAGCUUAUACUGAUUCUAAUUGGGCUAGCUACCCCACCACCCGUCAUUCCACCACAGGCUACUUCAUCCAGCUCGAGGCACGUGAGGACAUUGAAAUGUCUUCAUCAGUGUCCCUUCAUCCAGAUCUCCCAGAAAAUGGCGUUUGGCUGGCAUUUACAGGAAUAAUAAUGGUGGAGGCUGUUGCUUAUGCUAUUGGAAAUCGGAUUACAACAUUAUAG